AUGGAUUUAGAUGAAUUAUUUGGGUAAAUAGAGAAUCGAGAAAAAAAAUCAUAAAAAGUUAAAUAAGUUUAAUAAAUUGAUAAACAAUAAAAAUCGAUGAAGAAUAAGGAAUAACAUUAGUUGAAGAUGAAAUUGAAUCAUGAAAUAAAUAGAUUAGAAUUGGUAAAAUUGACAGCUGAAAAUAUUUACUAAUAGUCCAUGAAUAAUAGCACAGGAGAUUAUUUUGUAAUAAAAAUAGAAUAAUUUUAGUAAAAUGAAAAGAUUGAUGCAUAAAUAAUAGAACUAGUAGGUGAUAGUGAUUUGUAUGGGAAUAAGAUUUAAAAUAAAAAUUUUUUGAUAGGAAAAUUUGAAAAGGCAUUUUAGUUAAAAAAUAAUGCAGAUGGAGAGUAAGAAUGUAUGAUUAAAUAAUGAAAACAAUUAGAGCCUUUAAAAAAUGGAUUAAAUAGAUAGUUGAAGAUAUUUAAAAGAUCUUUAGGGAGUCUUACAUAUGAGGCAGUGAAAAAAUUGAAUAAUUUAUGGAAAUUAUAUAUAGAGGACUUGUUGAGCAAAGAAACUUAAGUUGAUUCAAAGUUCUAACGAUUAUUAAAGGCUGAUUUACAUGGAGCAUUGAUAUAGAUUGUAUAUUCAAAAUGCAAGACUUAUGAAGGUUAGGAAGGGAUAGUGGUACGAGAAAAGAAGAAAUCUUUCAUUAUAAUAAAAGAAAAUGAUUAAUUAAGUGGUAAUUAAAUGAGAAUAAUAAAAAAGUGAUUGAAAAAGAAAAUACAAUAUUCUUGCUGCCUAUUAAUAAUAAGAGAUACCGUUUACAUGGAUGUCAUUUGAUGAUAAAACCAUCUGAAAGAAUAAGAAAGGAUCUGAAAUAUCAUAGUGCAAAUACAUUCUGUUAUUAAUAAAUGUGAAUAAUAUAUUAAUUUCAUUAUAUUUAUUAUUUUAUAAUUGUUAAUAAUAAAUAUAUAUAUUUAUUUGAUUGUUAAUAAAUANUUAUUUUAAAAAUUAUUUGAAAUUUUGAACAUAGAAUUUUUAAUGUAUGUCGUUAAUAUUUUUUGAGAACAAGUGUUCAUUUGUCUUAAUUUAAUAUAUUUUGAAACUCAAGCUAUUU